GAAGACAAUGAUGAAUAAAGUCGUAGUUUUUGCUAUUUUUGGACCAAAAUGUAUUUUCGAUGCUUCAAAAAAUUCUAACUGACCCUCUGAUGUCACAUGGACUACUUUGAUGAUGUUUUUCUUACCUUUCUGGACAUGGACAGUAUACUGUACACACAGCUUCAAUGGAGGGACUGAGAGCUCUCGGACUAAAUCUAAAAUAUCUUAAACUGUGUUCCGGAGAUAAACGGAGGUCUCACGGGUUUGGAACGACAUGAGGAGUUCAUUGAAGAAAAAGAGGAAAAUGAAAAAUCGAGUGAAGUUGAGGAGAAAAAUCAUGUCAAAACUGGCGGAAAACCUUUGAUUUGCUCUCAAACCAAACAGACAGAUUUAAAGAAAAAAAGUGUUAAGAUAUCUUUUACCUGCACUCAGUGUGAAAAGAGUUUCACACAUAAAUCAAAUCUUAAGUGUCACAUGAGAGUUCACACUGGAGAGAAACCUUACAAGUGUUCACACUGUGACAAGAGAUUCAGUCAAACAGGAGAUCUGAAAAACCAUGAGAGGAUUCACACUGGAGAGAAACCUUUUAAGUGUUUACAUUGUGACAAGAGAUUCAGUUGGUCAACACAUUUGAAAAGACAUGAGAGGAUUCACACUGGAGAGAAACCUCAUAAGUGUUCACACUGUGUCAGGAAAUUCAGUCUAUCAGCAAGUCUGAAAAAACAUGAGAUGAUUCACACUGGAGAGACACCUUACAAGUGUUCACACUGUGACAGGAGAUUCAGUCGUUCAAUAAGUCUGAAAACACAUGAGGUGAUCCACACUGGAGAGAAACCUUACAAGUGUUCACACUGUGACAGGAAAUUCAGUCUUUCAGCAAGUCUAAAAAAACAUGAAUGGAUUCACACUGGAGAGAAACCUUACAAGUGUUCACACUGUGACAAGAAAUUCCGUCGUUCAGUAGAUCUGAAAACACAUGAGAGGAUCCACACUGGAGAGAAACCUUAUAAGUGUUCACACUGUGUCAGGAAAUUCAGUCUAUCAGCAAGUCUGAAAAAACAUGAGUGGAUUCACACUGGAGAGAAACCUUACAAGUGUUCACACUGUGUCAGGAAAUUCAGUCUUUCAGCAAGUCUGAAAAAACAUGAGAGGAUUCACAAUGGAGAGAAACCUUACAAGUGUUCACACUGUGACAGGAGAUUCAGUCGUUCAAUAAGUCUGAAAACACAUGAGGUGAUUCACACUGGAGAGAAACCUUACAAGUGUUCACACUGUGACAAGAGAUUCAGUCAGACAAGAGAUCUGAAAACCCAUGAGAGGAUCCAUACUGGAGAGAAACCUUACAAGUGUUCACACUGUGACAAGAGAUUCAGUGGUUCAUCAAAUCUGAAAACACAUGAGAGGAUCCACACUGGAGAGAAACCUUAUAAGUGUUCACACUGUGACAAGAGAUUCAGUGAUUCAUCAAGUCUGAAAAGACAUGAGAGGAUUCACACUGGAGAGAAAGCACAUCACUGCAGUGCACAUGGGAAGUGUUCCAUUAAGUCAUCUGUUAUACACAGUCAUGCAAAAUCCAACCACAGUAAGGCCCCAUACACGCGGAGACGCAUUUAGCUGUAUAUGUAAAUAUUUUGUAUGGUAUAUGCGUUUCGUCCAGACUGAUCCAGCGUUCGGGGAAAUGAAAACCCUAUAAAAAAAAAAAAAAAAAACAGGUCCCAGAGUGGAUAAAUCUGAAAAUGACACCUUUGGGUUUUUUGUGUACUGCCAAUCCAUAUAUUUUGUAAAACAAUGAUGUCAUCACUGCACGUCUCGACCAUAGUCAGACACCGCUACGUCAUUUAACACCAACAACAAUGGAGGACUACAUGUUUGUGUUCAUGCUACAGAAACUACUGAGCCAAUAAGCUUGACUAAACUUACUAGUAGAGCUGCACGAUAUUGGAAAACAACUCACAUCGUGAUAAUUUUUCUCAGCGAUGUAUAUUGCGAUAUGGAAAAAAAAAAAAUCACCAGAUGACUUGAACAGCUCUAUUUGGA